AUGGCUGCUCCAAAGGAAGCUACUGUUCACAACCUGACUGGAAGAUGGACUAUGGAUAGUUCGCUCUCCGACAGCACCGACCCAACCCUACAGCUUCAAGGAAUCUCAUGGUUCACCCGCAAGGCCAUCGGCCUAGCCACUAUCACCCUACACAUCAAGGAGUACACUGAAGAGGGUACUGUCCACAUUGAUAUUGCGCAGACCCUGACUGGCGGAAUCUCUGGCACCACCGAGAAGCGUGAGCUCGGCUGGAACGUCAGGGAGCACACCGAUCACAUUUUCGGCACCGUCAAGGGCCAGACUCGCUUCGUCAGCUCUAAGAAAGAUGGCUCCAAGACUGUUCCUGACCUUGAGAUACAGACCAAGGUUGGAAAGGAGGAGGAAGAUGCUGGUGUUGCCAAGUUUCUCAACGGAGACGUCCUAGCUGACGGAUCUGCGUCUGACGGUUGGGCUGUUGAUGAGAGUGAGGGCAGCGAGCCAUUCUUGCAGAGCUGGGUUGAGAGUGUUGACAACGGCUGGACUGCCGAACAGGUCUGGGGUUUCGAAGUAAUCAACGGCGCACGAUACUACACUCGCCGUAUCGUCGUUGCCAAGAACGGUGUCUGCAGCAAAGUCAGACUUGUCUAUGGUUAUCUCGGCCAAGAGGAGUAA